GCAGCUUUGGAAGCCUGGCCAUGUUUUCCUCACCUGUUUGGAGGAACUUCCAUUACAUCACCAUCCUCAGAGACCCAGUAUCACGGUAUUUGAGUGAAUGGAGGCAUGUCCAGAGAGGAGCCACAUGGAAAGCAUCCCUGCACGUCUGUGAUGGAAGACCCCCAACCUCUGAAGAACUUCCCAGCUGCUACACCGGUGACGACUGGUCUGGAUGCCCUCUCAAAGAGUUCAUGGACUGUCCCUAUAAUCUGGCCAACAACCGCCAAGUUCGCAUGCUAUCUGACCUGACUCUCGUGGGCUGCUACAACCUCUCUGUCAUGCCUGAAAAGCAAAGAAACAAAGUCCUUCUGGAAAGUGCCAAAUCCAAUCUGAAGCACAUGGCAUUCUUUGGCCUCACUGAGUUUCAGCGCAAGACCCAGUACCUGUUUGAGAAGACCUUCAACAUGAACUUUAUUUCGCCGUUUACCCAGUAUAAUACCACUAGGGCCUCUAGUGUUGAGAUCAAUGAGGAAAUCCAAAAGCGUAUUGAGGGACUGAAUUUUCUGGAUAUGGAGUUGUACAGCUAUGCUAAAGACCUCUUUCUGCAAAGGUAUCAGUUCAUGAGGCAGAAAGAGCAUCAGGAUGCCAGGCGGAAGCGUCAGGAGCAACGCAAAUUUCUGAAGGGAAGGUUCCUUCAAACCCAUUUUCAGAGUCAGAGCCAGAGUCAGGGUCAGAGCCAGAGCCAGAGUCAGGGUCAGAGCCAGAGCCAGAGUCAGGGUCAGAGCCAGAGUCCUGGUCAGAAUCUGAGUCAGAGUCCAAAUCCCAACCCAAAUCAGAACCUGACUCAGAACCUUACUCAGAAUCUGACUCAGAGUUCAAAUCCCAGUUUGACCCAGAGAGAGAAUCGGGGAGGUCAGAAGCAGGGCUCAGGUCAGGAGCAGAGUGAUGGCGGCACUAGCAAUGGCACCAAUGACUAUAUGGGGAGUGUAGAGACAUGGCGCUAACUGGCUCUCAAAGGCUUGUGCACACUGCUUCCCAAAGCAUCACCAAAAAGAUGGCGUGUAUCUUCCAAGAUGAAAAUGUCCAAACACAUCCCGCUUCCUUCAUUUUGGAAGUUUAAAAAAAAAAAAAAAAAAAAAAGUGUAGACGUUGCCUUUACAGUUGCCUUUUGAUUCAGUGUUAUACUGUGUGUGGGUAAAACAAAUCUCAGUGUGUAAUGAAAUUGUCUGUUUGGGAUGAACUACUUAUGAAAUCCAAGAGCUAAACCAGACUCACCAGAAAUUGCAGUUUACAUAUUUUAAGAAGUUCUUAAAUUAGGUAUGGGAGACACAAAGAAAACAUGAAAUGUGGCCAUUUAAACUUAUGGCUAAGAAACAGACUUUUAAGUGAUUCCGGAUACUCUGUUAAAACCCAAUCUUGAAAGCACCCCCCUCCUUGCAGGGAAGCAUAAGUAAAAACAUGAACAGAACUAAAAGACAUUCAAAACCGUUCAUUUCCUUGUUUUAACAAAGAGCCUAUUUAAACAGAAAAACAACUGAUGAUAAAUUUUGCCAAACUGUAGAAAAUAAACAAUUUCUCACUUAAAUGUAGGUGGGUUUAUGUAAAAACAAUGGCUUUUCAAAUAGAUCGGGAUUCAUGUCUUGUAAUUUAACAGAUGUUUAAAAUUUAGAAUUUUUCUACCUUCUGCUGAUUAAAAGGUUUUAAACAGGGUAUAUCUCAUAUUAACAAAGCAUUUUUUUCCAAAUGGAAUACCAAUGGAAAGAUCCAGUUUCCAGAUGGUUUCUGGGCACUGUAAUUUCAACAAUUUCAAUCUUUUUGGCGCUGCUUCUCAUUCACUUUAAGGCUUCUCCGAGUUGUGCUCAUUCCAAAUGAAUCCAUGUAUAGAAUUUUUCUUCAUCAUCUAAUCAGCGUGUUGCUAAAUCUCUGUGAUAUUUAAUCCUGGACUAAAGUCAGGACUUUCUAUAGAACUGUCUUAUCAAUGUCUGUGUAGUAAGGUCCUUAAGAAGAACUCUCAAACAGGAUAAUUUGUCUCUUAAUAUUGCUGAAGUUAUUCUUCAUCAUAUUGAACUGAACCUGAAUGUGAACUGUUAACUAUCUUGUUUAUUGUAAUGUUUCCAGUGUGGCUGGCUAUUUCUGGCCCAUGGAUCUUUUCUUGUAUUGACAGAUUUGUAUACAAUAAUAAGAGCAAAAAAUUUUCUCAAAGACAACCAUAGACUAAUCAUUAAGAUAGCCAGAGUUACUCAAUAACACCAAAAGCUGCCUCUUGAUAAUUGAGGUUAACACUUCUACCAGGUUUUUGUUUGUGAAAGAUCAAAAAUGAAGAAUGUUCUGCAGGAACGUACAAGUUGAGGAUAGUUUGAUAGUAUACAUCUGUAAGUAGUAUUUUGAUGGCUUUAAUUACAAACUGAACAAAGGAAGAAUUAUAUACACAGUGUGUUGUUCAAUAUCAUACUGCUUGACAGUUUACACCUCAUGGUUGUUGCUACACUUCUAUAAGAACUUACAUUAAUCCCUUGGCUUUCAAUUAAACAAGGUGACUAGAAGUGCUAUUCAUGUUUUCAAGAGGGACAUGCUUAGAAGUAUGAUCGUAAAGUCACAUCUGUCAUAGUCUGCCCAAGUGCAUGACCUGGUUUCAUUUGUAAUAAUAUGGCCACAAGUUGGACAAGAAGUUAAAUAUCUGCUUCUAAAGGCAUUUUCUUGACUCUGAGCUCUGUGACAAUAUUUACAGCUUUUGUUUUGUGGUAUUGCAGUGUUGAGAAUGAUGAUACCUAAAAAAACAAAAAACAACAAAAAAAACAAAAAAACAAGGAAAAAAAAACAAAAACAAAAACACAGAAGGAGUUUUUAAAAGCACAUCUCGAAGUCAAAGUAUUUUAGAAUGAACUUAUUUGGUGUACAUUGUGUUCUUGAAAUAUUCUGUAGAUCACUAUGGUAUUUCAGUAAUUUUAGUUUUAAUUGAAAAUGAUUGUUCUUAAAACUGACAGUGUUGGAAAGCAAGACGAAGUCUGAGCCAGUGGAAAAGCUCAUUACAGAAAAAAAAGUGUUGUUGCUGUGGUGUGCAUGGUUUGCAGAGAUUAAGUGCAUUUUCUCUGUCUCUACUGAUUACUGUAUAUAGAGAAUGUUAUAAAUAUACAUUUUUGUCAGCAUCAUGUAAAUCCCACGAUUUCAAACUGUAAACAUCUGUUCAGUGGUGUAGCUUUACAAACCGUUCACUGAUUUUGUGUAAUUUAACAAUAGAUGUGAAAUAAAGUUUCAAUUGCA